CAAAACAACAGGAGAAGGAUGCAGAUGAAGACAUGGAUUUAAAAUAAGUUCAGUGGGAAAGAGUUAAUGAAUCGCGUUGGUCAAUUAAGGGCUAGGUUGGACAAUUCAAGAGCGAGUGUAGCGUUCUACUAGAGACCGAUGAUCGAAGCGUAUUCACUUAAGCCGGAAACAGCUGUGAUGCCAUUCAUAUCUGUUAUUAUUAUUGGAACGAAUACAUAUUACAAAUAAACUGGUAUCGCUUUAUGGAACACAGCAAAUAUAUUGCCGAUCAGUUAGCUGCUGUCAAUACGCACACAUUACUGUAUAUAGCCGGUAAAUAGCGUUAGGAUUCGUAUUACUAAUACCUGUGUGUACUGUGCAUACAAUGCUUGGGCGUAUCCAGCAAGACAGUACGGUUAUUUAAGCAACAGAAAAAAAGGAAUAGCAUUAUUUUCUUAAUGGGGGAUGGGGGUGAUGAGGGAUAUAGAUGGUUUGACUUUCACUGACCUAUCAGCUAAAGCGAAAGUUUAAAACGGGCGUUUGCUUUGUUAUAGCUCUACCUUUUCAUACAGGGUUGCAAAAAGUCCUACUAUUGAUUUAAGCUUUAUAAUAUUUUCAAAUACAAUACGGUCUUGCUGUUUUAUUGCACUUUUUAAAAAUAAUAUUUACACGCGUUUGUUAUUCUGGGGCAGCAUUUUCUAAAUUAACCUCAGAAAUGUCACUGUCGGAGAUUCUGUUUUAGAGAGAUUGAAGUGUUUCCGCUCCUCGCUCUUGUCUAAACGCAAGCCCCCGGGGCGGUGUUGACAGCGCGUCGCUGGGAUGUCAGAAGUUCAGCCGUGCUUCCAGCUUUUACGGAUCGGUUCAGGUCCAGACUCCGGCUCUGGUUCAGGUUCAGGUCGGGACCUCUACACUUUCCGGCCUGCGUUGGCUCGCUGUGUGUUCAGACUGGGCCGAGCAGAGGCGUGUGAUGUCACCCUUCAAUCAGAUAGCUGCUCGGGGCUGAUCUCCCGUCUUCACGCAGAGAUCCAGGCUGAAAGGGACGAAGACUGUGCUACAGCUGACUGGAGAGUGUUUGUAGUUGAUUGCAGCACCCACGGUACCCUGGUAAACGAUGUCCACCUGACUCGUGGGGUGCGAGUGGAGCUAACUGACGGAGACAUUCUGACAUUCGGGCAUCAAGAAGACCUACCUCUGCCACCGGCCUGCUCUGCCCAGGCCCAGAACAGCUCUGAAUUCUACUUCCUCUUCCAGAAAGUGCGUCUGCGGCCCCAGGACUUUGACGCGAUCACCCUUCCCAAAACACCUGCCUUCACCAGCUUCGCUGGGACUGCCACCCUGCUCCGAGGCUUCACCCCAGUCUCCCCAAGCAGAAAAGGAGUGAAAGAACUCGCCAAGCGCCCGGAAAACUCAACCUCCUCGACCCCCACUUUAAAACGCUCGACCCUAAUCCUGAGCUCCAUCGGAAGCCUCAGCAAGCUGCAGGCUCAGCCGCUCACCUUCCACCCAGACAAGGCAGACGACAAGAGGUUAGAGAAGCAAAACCCAACAGUGUCGUUCUCCAUCCCUCCAGCUAACUCGAACGCCCGCCCAUUAGCCCCACCCUCUGGCUCCGCCCCUUCCCCCGCGAACACGCCGAGCGGCUGCGUCCGAAUCUCGAAGAGCCGUCGGAAAUCGGCUCACACGGUCUUGCCAGAACUGGAAGACGAGAUCCAGAGGUUUUCCGAGGAAGUGAAGCAAAGUGCCUCAGCUAAAAGGCGGCACUGCAAAUCGGAAUCGGACGUCCAGUCUGAUGUGUACCAACGGCAGCAGCACCCCCUGGUGGAGUGUUUAGAGCAUGACCCAAGCCCGCUAAGCAGGAGAAGGAGGAUUCAGAGUGACACGCCUUAUAUCCCAAGGAACCGAAGCCCCUCCCAAACUAUUACUUCUAACUCCUGUCUCUACAGCCCUGUACAUAACGGACAGCGGGGUAUUGAUAGAGCGCAGGGGGAAGCCAACAGGGUGAUGCUCCAGAAACUGCAGAUCACACCAACAGGGAAGCGACGUGGCCGACCGCGAAAGCACCCGGUGUGCCAGGUCUUUUCUCACACGCUCUACGUGGAGGAUCGCAGCGAAGGGGGCAGAAUAGAGACUGGUCACGGUGAGGUGGCAGAGCCCUGUGCUGCCCGCUACUGCCACCACCCACAGGAGGACACAGUGCAGUGGGUGCAGUGUGACGACUGUGACGCAUGGUACCACGUUGCCUGCGUGGGUUGCAACUACAGCACCCUGAAGGACUCUACUACAGAGUUCCACUGUGGCUGCCAGUGAUCAGAGGAUAACGAACAGGAACACAAGGAGUGAUCUGUUUAGUUCUGGUGUCUGUGCUUCUCUUCGCAUCAGCUUAGUGUUUAAGGACCUUUCCACGCCUCACUACCACCAUGGGACAAAAUCCUAUGAUAACUUAAAUGGCUGGUUGAUUGCUUUGUGCGCUGUACUACACAAUCUACCAGCUGUGCGGUUAGCAGAUUAAUGGUCAGCGUGUUGGAAGGAGUAUGGAGUUGCCUUUCUGUAUGCUGGUCACAGUAAAACAGCUAUUGUGAUGCAUAUAGGUCCUAAUGGGAUGUUUGAAGAAUAAUACGCUAUAAUGAUAGUUAAUUACAGACAAUUUUGUUGAAAGGCAUAAAUAAGAGACUUUGUUCAUACCAGCUAUGAAUCAUAUAUUUAGCGCUUUUGGUCAUUUAUUACAGUAGAUAUCAUGUGAGCAAUGGAUUGGAUUAUUUCUAUUUUACUUUGAGUCUAAUAAGAGAUUUGAUUAGCUGUGCAAAAAACAGCUAAGAAGGGGGUUUCUGGCUGCAGCUGAUGCUGACAUAGGAGCGUUCCUGUCGGCUCCCGGAAAAUUACAGCUUGAAGAAAAUCUUCGGGGCCCGACCCAAUCCUUUCACCGCACACUGCGUGCGUUUGCAACGUUCUGCAGCCCUGCUACAAGGGGUUGGAUACCUCAACACUCCAGUUCUGCUGGCUUGAAAGAAAUACGCUGGCAGUCCACAUGAUCCUUGAAGGUAGCUCAGGAAUGACUCUGCUUUCUUGUGCUGGCUCUUCUCCACCUGCUUUUCUGCAGGUGCUUCUUGAAUCUUGUUUCAUCGCUUGAACUUUCUGUGGAUUGCUAAGCUUGAGUCAUACUCAAUAGAAAUUCAGUAGAUCUGAUCACUCAUUAACCAGUAUAGAGUAUACAGUCAAUUAAGGAUUAAUUAAUCCUUGCACAGACCAAAUACUUUUUUGUAACUUUUUAUCUUGUGGGAUUUUUUGUCAUUGGUGCCAAAUGUCAGAAUUGCUGGACAUGCUUGAUUUUGAGAUACUGGAUUACAUGGUCUUUUCAUCUGUUAUUCUACCUGGGUAAAGAUCAUCUCUCCUACCCGAAAUCUUAAUGAAUAGACGUCAUUGAUUUUCUUGUACCAGGCUAAAGGUCUUACCAACUUUCAUAAAUGUAUCAAUACAUUACAAAACUCACCAAAGUAUGGGGACUGAUCAGUAAAUGCAGAGCAAUUGGGGAUUUCAUGCAGAUUUUACUAGAUAUGUUGGUAUACUUGAAUAGAUGCAAAGAUGUACUACCAAUGCAGAAUGACUGGGUGCUAGAAGUAUUUUUGCAAUGGUCACUCUCAAAGAUUUAAAAAUAUUCAAUGCAGUAACAGUCUUGGCAGUGAAUAUUGCCAACAUCCUUGCAGAUAUAACUUUAUCUUAGAGGAUGAUCCUUCCAGUCCUCAUCCAUUAAGAGCAAAGGUGGUACUCUUGUGCAGAGCUGACUUGAAACAUGCUCCCUCCUUCGACCUCUAAGGGAAAGGGUGGUCAGGGCAGGUUUAGGCAGGGAGACUCAGCAGCUCCCUCCCUCGCCCCCUUAAGAAUAGGGGUAAUCCCUCCUGCCCAGGACAAACUUGAGACAGGGGAGAUAAACUGCUCUUCCCUCACCCCCAAAGUCCAGAGAAAAAUUAAACAUGGGGACUGAACUGCCCCCCCUCACCCCCUGCGAGUAAGGGUGGUCCCGGCAGUACAGGGCAGGCUUGAUGCCACUGCUUGAUUUUAUUUGAUGAGAUUGUAAAGUUCUUUCUCAACUGGAGCACCUUAUCCUGUAACUGUUUUGUACCUGUUUUUUUUGUAUUAUUGUUCUUAUUUGUAUUAUUUUUAUAUAUUUUUAUUUUAUUUUCUAUUCUGAGAGCUUGCUAAAGGUUCUUACUUUUCUAUCAAGCCACUAAUGCAUUAAUUCUCAGUUCAAAUGAUUUAAAAAAUGUUCUGCUGUCGUCGACCAGAGACCGUGCCAUCGUCACAGUUUUGUGUCUAAUACCGUUUUCCGAACUGAAUGAACAGAACUAUGGAGCAGCCCUCUCCUGUGUUUUGGUCUGCAGAUAUUACAGCCCCUAUCCCCGUGGCAAAGCACAUUCUGUAUUAAGUGGAAUCUGGAAAGGAACUUUGUCCAGCAAAACCAUGUGGGGACUGUAAUAGGUUGAGACCAACAUGGAGCCACAGGUUUCUCUUGUAUCUUUGUAACUGAAUAUUUUAGUUUUAUUGUAGAUAUCACAUUUAUUGCCGCAAUAAUACAGUAUAUUCAAGUACAGUGCUUUGGUAGCGUGUAACACAGCAGGAAAUAUUAAUAAUCAAACCACAGGCAUGCAGCAACUUUAAAAUAAGUGUUUUCUUUGACAAAUUUUUCCAUCAGCAUUAGAAUCUCUGAACCAGCCUAUUAAAACACAGCAUAACUACCCAGAUAUUCCAGCGCUGGUCAUUGCUGGAAUUUCUUUCUGGAAAAACCUGUUUUCAGAAUGACAGUCAGAGGUGGAACACAUUGUGCCUAAUGCAGAUACAUCUAAAGGAGAGCUAACUAAUGCCCCCCUUUCUGGCUGAGAGUUUUACAACACAAUAGAGACACGGCUGUAUUCUGGUGCCUGUGCCAUAGGUCACAUUGUCUAACUGCAGUAAAUUUGAACUACAUUACAAGCCAGGACCAGGAUACACAAGCAAGUUUUCAUCUUGAAAUAUCUGUUUAGUCAAAAUGAAAGUAUAAAAUAAAGCCAGUAUUUUGUGAAUCCCAUGACUAUUUAGUGUUUUUUUUUUU